AAGGAGGGAUCUUGGCUCCUGCAGCCAUUUCCCCUGCAGGGCUCAGCUCUUUGGCUGGGUUGCCAGUUCCUUUGCAGAGGGGCUGCUGGCAGGGGCAACAUCUGAGCAGGUCAUGAAGCCUCAAGAGGCAGAGCUUGUCACUGAAAUCUCCAAGUUGCAAUGCAUGGUGUCAGAGCUGAAGACGGGGUUCACCAGCGCUCUGCUGGAGCUCAGUCAGAUCCAACAUGGAGACACGUACCUGCGGGAGGAGCUGGGGGAGAACCGCAGGAUCUGCCAGAAGAAAGCUCUUCGUUUGGAGACUCUGGUCGAGUCCCUGAGGGAAGAACUUGGAGUGAUGCAGUGUCAGAUCUUACAGCUGUACAGUAACCGACAGAGACCUCUGCAGGAUGGAAUGAGCUCUACAUCCAAACACAGAGAAAGACAUGUAAAACCUGCAGAGAGACAUGUUGCCAUCUGUCCACUGUUGUGCAGCAGUGACCCAGCAGAGUCGGCCUGUGAACAGUGCGACUGUCCGUCUGCUCCAGCAGCCUUUCUGUCCAGAGGGAAACUACUCCUCCACUGUUUCCUGCAGGGCCUCAAAGCGGGGCUGAACGAAGGCACGGAUGCACGGCAUCAGGUGGCGAUGCAACUUCUGCAUUCUGAGUGGGAAUACGUGUCAACCUUGAACCAGCUGUAUGAAAAAUACAAGACACCAGCAGCUCAUCAGAUGACUGUGGAGCCAUAUCAGACAUACGUGAAGAUUGUGGAGCAGCUGUUACAGCGACAUCUGCUCUUCCGAAACACCCUGCAGGAGCGGUUAUCUGCUGAGCACUGGAAAUCUCUGGUUGGAGACAUCCUGGUGCAGCUUAUCGGACAAAAUGACACAGCCUUUUCGGAUAUGUACCUUCAAUACACAACCAGCCUGGCGUCAUUCCUCUCACUGGAGUUCAACAGAUUGAAUCAUUCUGAGAAAAUACAGUGCGGUCAGAUGGAGAGAGAGGAAAUGAAACUGCUCUCCCAGCUGUUGGCACCUGUCUCUCGCAUACACAGCUACCUGAGCCACAUUCAGAACCUGUUGCAGUGGACAGGUAAAGAGCAUCCUGAUUGCAGCCUCCUGCUGGGAACUGAGCGAGCGCUGAGGAGCAUUUUGUCCCGCUGUCAUGAGAUCCUGGAGGAAGACGUCCGAUGGGAGGAAGGAGAAGGAGCUGGACAAAGCUGCUCUGAUGCAGCGGCUGGUGGAUCCUCUGCAAAUUGUUGCACAAGGAACCAACAGACCAGAGAAUCCCAGCGCGAGUCCAACACUGCAGCUCAGAGAGAUGACCAGCAGGCUGUCAACCUCACUAACGGAGUCGACGGCAGUCACUCGAUGCGUCUGGAGUGCUGGUCCUGCAGCCCAGUGAGGAGGAAGGGCUGUGGAAGCGACCGGACCCUCCUGAACCAGCCAGCCCGGGACUGUGGACACGCUUACUGCUCCCUCCUCACACCUGACGCAGCAGCAUGGGGAGAGAACAGCGACUCAGGCCAGGGCACCUACAGCCAGCCCAACGGGAAAGGCAGCACCGGGCUGGAGGCGCCUCACACCAACCACAGCCUCGAGGACUGCGAGACAGACCCAGAUGACACCUCAGCCUUCGAUUACUCCUCCGUCACCUCCUGCAGCCCAGACGGCACCCUCCGCAGGGAGAUGAUGAGCAGUAACAGUGGGGAGGAUGAAGAGGAGGACAGCCAGGUGCCGGUGCUGUUGAAGCCCUCAUACAGCCAGCAGCAGCAGUCAAGGGAGCCACCCAGAGAGAGGACUGUGUGUUUGAGGUGGCAGAUUCCCAGAUUAACCCCUCACCCACCUCUGAGAAGCACUGCAGGGCCGUGUGUGGAGGGGCCGACGCCAUGCCUCGUCAGCUCCUACGGGAAGAGGCUGGUCAAUGUCAGGAAGGGGUCUCCGCCUUUACAUCCAAAAAGUGCCUUCAGGCCCAUCUGGGAUGAUCCAUCCAAACAGGCUGAUGCAGCUCCAGAGAAAGACCACAGACAAGGCUUCGUACCGAUUCAAGCCCCAGCGAGGCAAAGCUUUCAAAAUUUCAACCCGAGUAGAGAAAAUCUGAGACCAGGCCUGCCUCAGCAGAGAGGUAACCAUACUGCAGCCAUGAGCGGUGGAGGAUUGUGGGAGGACAGCGAGGACAGCGAGGGACCAUGCAGCACCGUUUGACCCCCACCCAGCUUCAGAGACAAGAUGACUAUAACUUAAAACUGUAGAACACAAAACUUUGAAGUUACUAUCAAACUGGAGCCCAAUUUGUGAUUUCUUUGAUGGAUAUAUUUCCCCCAAAGGCCAUGACAGUAACGCAUGAAUGUCGAAUUAGUGACCCUUAAAAAAAGUUCAGUUUCUCUGUUAAAGCUGAACCUUUGGAAACAUGACAGACAUCUUUAUUUGGCACUUAGGUUUUUCCAGAUUAGCUACAUUUUGACAACUGAUAGAAAUAUAUGUAUAUAUUUUUUUAAAUGCAGGUUUGACUUACACAUUUCUGGCAGAAUUACAAUUUGAAAAAUUAAAUAUUCCAGACAAUUUUGUAUUUUAACUGAAGGUGGUUUUAUAUGACAUCAAUGUGUAGCUAAAGAAAGGUAACAUUACUAAGGAAUAACGUUUAAUCGAUUUUAAUAUCUAGCUAGCUAACUAUUUUGCUUUCUGGUGGAGAGUUAACGUUAACUAGCCAAAGGUAACUUAGCUAGAUGAGGUCUUUUGAUAGAAAGUUAACAUUAGCAAGCUAGCUAUUUAACUAUGAAGCUAUGUUACAGAUAACAGCCGGUUAUCUUAUAGCUAGCUUAGCACAAAGUCUGGACAAACCAGCCUGGUCCUAUUAAAUAGUAACAGAAUCAACCUAAAAGCACUUUUAAAACUCACUAAUUAGCAUGGUGAAUCUCGUUUGUUUAAUUUGUCCAAAAACACAGGUGUUACUCAGAGACAAGAAGUAUAGUCAUAAAUACAGAAAUAAUUUUGUGGUAGGCCUAUCACUCUUCUCAUUUGACUCUCAACCACAAGCAAAAAAGCCAAACCUAUUUCUUUAUCAAUUCCUCAAUCUUUUCAACGUGCCAAUACCUAGCUAUAGCUUAUGCAGAAAGCUAAAUUUACUGUUAAAUAAAAAAACGAGAGCAUUGAAUAGUUCAGUACAAAAUAAGACUGGGUGAUUUAUUAAUCUCAUCAAGACCAUUAAUACAAAGCAGUUAAAAGGCCACAUACCAUCAAAUAAACCAACAGCUGGAUUAAGCUGUUACAGUGCCACCGGAGGAAAACCAAUCUGUUAUUCUGUCAAGGCUGGGGUUUAAAAACAAAACUAACAUAGAAAACAAAAAGUCAAAUUUGGCGAAAUUUACCCCACCAGUACUGACACUUCGAAACUUGGAAAUGGACAUGAGUGAAGACCUUCUUCUUACAGUCACUGGUGAAGACAGUGAAGGGAUUUGACUUUAGCCGUCAUCCUCCAGAACUCCCCUUUUAUCUCUAGUAUGAUCAGAAGUUUAAUCAUCCAUUAAUCAUCCAUCAUCACGUGCACAGAACAGAGCAAGAACAAGGGGCAUGAGUGAGAUUUUGAAAUUAUGCUGACAUUCAGCUCAUGGUGGUCAGACAUCCUCAGACGUUUGUGUCUUUUAAAACACACAGGGAUAAAAGUGAGGUGGUCGACUUUUGUUUUUCUGCCCUGAUCCAUGUAGAAAGUGAGUUUCAACAGUUGCAUAGGGCCAUAGCAUUUACAAACAUGACCUAUCACAACUGGGGCUCUUCAACAGUACAGCCUAAAGUGCACAAAGUGUGUUUCUCAGAAAGAAAAGAAAAAAAAAAAAAAGUCCAAUUCUUCACUAUGCUCAAAUACUUGCAACUGAAAAUAAGUUUGUGUAUGUUCAACUGCAACUUUAAUACAAUUCCAACCUCGGUUUAAUGAGUGUUAGCAUUAAAAAUCUUUGAAAAGGAGAAUAGACAAUUAGUAGGAUGUACAAAGUGAAGCACACGUCUAAGUAAGUGCUUGGCAUAUUGAACUGUAUUUUUUUCUUUUUUCUCAUUGCGUUAAAACAGCUAAGGGGCAGGGAAGAAAAAAAAUGGCUUUCCUCAGUUAAUACUCCCAGUGUUUCAACUGGAGAUUGUCUGUAAGUAAGUUAGUGACAGUGACCUGUUUUUUUCUGGUUUUGUUUUUUAGUUUUUUUUAUCCGACUGUAGCAGCAUUGGAUUAUUAGGCAAUAUUCGACUGAACAGAUGCGGAUGAGGGUACAAUACAACAGG